AUGUCCUCGUACCGCGGUGAUGCGGAUUCCUGGGACGGCGGGCCUCCGGGCGCCGAGGCGGACUACGCACCGCCGCCUGGCCCGCCGCUCGCCGCGCCCGUGCCCACCACCGACCCCUGGACGGGGGCCAGCUACUCUCAUUACGGCGCUCCUCAAUACGAUUAUCACUCUUACAGUGCUCCCUCUUACGGUUAUGGUUACGAUUCCGCUUAUUACCAGCCCGAUGGGGGUUAUUACAACUCUAGUAGUGCUUAUCCAUCCCAAGGCCAGAGCGGUUACGAAUACAACAAGACUAGGUCUCGGCCUUCUCCUGAAACUCGUGGAUACGACCGCCGACGUCCGUCGUACAAAUCGAAAUCCCGAAGCGCAUCGCCCUAUGAUAGACGGGACAGAGAGUAUUCGAAGAAAAGAGACACUUAUGAGGAUAUGAGACGGCGAAGAUCACGUAGUGCCUCCAAACCUAAACGUUCAAGGUAUUCGUCGAGUGACCGGUCAAGCUAUCGAUCUAGAUCCUACUCUAGGUCACCUGUAAAAGAUAUGAAAUCAAGGAAGUCCAGGUCAUCUGAAUCGGCCAGGUCCGAUAGAUCUUAUAAGAAAGCCGGAACGAGCAGAAAGGAUCGUUCAGAGACUCCUCCAAUGCGAAAUAAAACUUCACAGUCGCGGAACAGGUCAAAGUCUUAUGAAAAGGGAAAAAGUCGCUCUCCGAAAUAUAAGUAUGACAAGGAAUCUAAAGGUAAAAAGACCUCGGUGCCCAGAAAAGACACCAAGACUAAAGACAAGAGAGAGCGUGAAGUUUUUACUCCGCCUAGAAAUAAAUCCACGGACUCUUCAAAAAUAAGAAAGAAAUCUGAUAGAUAUUCCAAAAGCCCACCGGUAAAUAAAAAGUCUGAGCGAUCUUCACAAAAAAAAUCAAGUUCCAAAACAAAAGUUCAACAGAAAAAAACGAGAGACAGCUCCGUGACACCCCCUCGGAGUUAUGCAAGAGAUGCUACUCCUAGUUCAAGAUCGCAUUCCGAAUCCCUAUCACCUAGUAGCAAAAGAAAGCGAUCUCUCACACCGAAAUCAUCUCCAAGCAGAUCUUCGUCAAGUCAUUCUUCUGAUUCAUCUGAUAGGUCUCGUUCAAAACGUCGCACGAGACGUAAAUCCAAACACGGCUCACGGAGCCACAGCGGGUCACGGGAACGUUCCCUAAGUAAAAAAAGAUCCCACUCUCGAGGUCGGUCAAGUUCUCGGUACAGAUCGAGACGAUCAAGAAGUUCUAAGACGUCUAAGUCUAGAUCCAGAUCCCGGAGCUCCCGGUCGCGCAGUCGCAAUCGUACUCGUAGUCGUAGUGGCACUGGAAGUGAAGAUGAGCGCAGGGGUCAAUUUACAGUGGCAGACAGAAAAAGAUUUUGGAAGAUGCACAGAAGUAGACAAAUGGAGCGGGUGAAGUCUCCGCCUAAGGAAAUAAAAGCUCCGCCCGGUGCAGUUGAAUCCACGGCAUUGGACGACAUCGAGUAUGGAGUCCCACCAGAAGUGGAAGGCCCGAAUUUCGCUGAACUUUUACCAACACCAGAACAAGUAAUGCAAUUACCGUCAGCCUCGAAGUCCAAGCCAGUACCGAUACCAAUAAAGAACGAUGGAAGUUUUCUGGAAAUGUUUAAGAAGAUGCAAGAAGAAACCAAGAAGAUUGAAGCGACAGAAACAAAACCUCCUGUCAAGAAACCCGUUUUACCGUUUAUAGGGAAAAGACGAGGGGGGAGAGUACUUAAAACAGGAUUGGUGAAAAAAGCUAAAGCUAUAGAUGAACAAACAGUAGACAACACGCCCAAAGAUGCUUGGUCUCUUUAUAUGCAAGAAGUGAAGAAAUAUAGGGAAACUUCAUGUCAAGAGGAGAGAAAGACUAGGCCUCUCGUCAAAUGA